AUGACUUUAAUCAAGGAUACUAGCGGCAGCGGAGUGUGUGAGUUCAAGGUCGGUGCUCUCAACAGCGGACCUGACUCUGCUUCGUCCCACAGCCACUCUCAUGACCAUUCUCACGGUCACGACCACAGCCACUCCCAUGAUCGUGCCAUCGAGCACGGUCACACCCACGACGUUCUUGACCACCCAGGCCGCUACCAUGAGCGGGCGCCCUACAACCGCACAGGGCGUGACUGGGGAGAGCGCGCGUUCACAGUCGGAAUCGGCGGCCCCGUUGGCAGCGGCAAAACCGCCCUCCUUCUGCAGCUGUGCCGCGCACUCCGCGACCGGUACAACCUCGCAUGCGUCACCAACGACAUAUUCACCCGCGAGGACGCCGAGUUCCUGACACGCAACGGUGCCCUGGAUGCCGAGCGCAUUGUUGCUGUGGAGACUGGCGGAUGCCCUCACGCUGCCGUGCGCGAGGACAUCACAGCUAACCUGCAUGCGCUGGAGGUCCUGCAUGCCAAGUUCGAGCCUGAACUGCUGCUGAUCGAGUCUGGCGGCGAUAACCUGGCGGCGAACUUUAGUCGCGAGCUGGCCGACUACAUUAUCUACGUUAUCGAUGUCAGUGGUGGUGACAAGAUUCCGCGCAAGGGCGGGCCCGGCAUCACCAUGAGCGAUCUGCUGGUCAUUAACAAGACGGAUCUCGCUGAGGCUGUGGGUGCUGACCUCGAUGUCAUGCUGCGCGACGCCAACAAUAUCCGCGAUGGCGGCCCUGUAACGAUGGCUGUGAUCAAGCAUGGCAAGAAUGUCGACGAAAUUAUCAACCACAUCCUGCAUGCCUGGCAGGACUGCGUGCCGGGAGCUAGGAUCAAGUAG